CUCGAUUCUAAAAAAAAUGUAAUGUUUUUUUUCCUCUUCAAAACUUUUAUAAUAAAAUUAAUUACACCCCUUUUUAUUUCCCUUUUCUUGUUUUUAUCUUGCUCAUUUGACCUGCAUAAAUUAUUUUUUUAUACGUUGAUACUAUGCCGCCCAAACAAAAGAAACAGUCCCUCCAUUCAGCUGACUCCCUUGAGGACGACUUCGCAAUCGACACCGAGUACGUUUCGGAUCAAGCCGAGUCCCACCACAAACCCCAGGAGGAGGACGACAACGACGACGGUAGCUCCCCUACAUUGCCCACCACCGCAUCCAACAAACGCAAAACAACCACAACCACAACCACCACCUCCAACAAAAAGCAAAACCUCACCACUUCCACAGCACCAAAGGAGAAGAAACCCAAGCCAGUAUCGCUCUGGAACCAAUACAUGAAAAAGGCCUAUCCUGGCAUCACCCAGUUGGAGCUCGAAGACCAUCUAAUGCACCCCAAGCACACCUACACCAUCCCCUCACCCCACAAGGAACCCACCUACGGCAGCCCUGAUUAUUUGGAGGAGCUGACAAAAACCGCUAUUUCCACGGGUAAGAGCAAAAACAAAGUCAUGAAUGGCGCCCCACAAGUCCUCAUCAUCAGCAGCUCUGCCCUUCGCGUCGUCGACCUCGUGCGUAGAUUACGCCCAGUUUCGACUAAGCGUCCAGUGAUGAAAUUGUUCAGUCGUCAUCUCAAAAUUCAGGAUCAGAAAAAGGCCCUGGCGGAUGCUGCUGUGGAUGUAGCUGUGGGAACUCCUAAUCGCAUUUUGAAAUUGUUGGAGGAGAAGGAUUUGAAGGUCAAUCGAUUGAGAUUGGUUGUUAUUGAUUGCUGGCAGGAUGAUAAAAUGCGUGUCGUGGUGGAUAUGGAUGAUACUAGAAAGGAUUUAUUCGCUAUUUGGCGCGAUCACUUAUUGCCCAUGUCGAAGAAUCCGGAUUUUGGUUUCAAGUUCCGCCUGGCAUAAAUCCAUUCCCUUUUUUUAAAAAUAAAUAAACAAAAUAA